GUUGCGUUUAUGGGUUAACGCUUCUGUGUUGAAUGCUGUUAUGAAUGCUGUUCAACCUACUCUAAACGAACGUAAUCAGGUUUUGAUUUUCUCCUCCAGCGGAUUCCGAUUGUAUGGCACCGAUUGCGAAACAUUAACCAUUGUGAAUGCUGUUAUCAAUGCUCGGAAUGAUAUCAAAUCUAGUGAUCCUGACACUGGUUACAAUGACCGAAAGAUUACCAUGCGGUUGAAUAUGAAUCGUUUGACUUUGAAGCUUUAGACGCGCCGCCGGCUACCUUUGAAGUGUCUUGAGCUUCCGGACUCUUACAUCUGUAGGCCACAAGUUAUGGAAUUGGAUUAUCAUGCCACUGUGAAACUCCCAUCAACUAUGUUUACUAGGAUUAUCGGAGAGAUUUGCUGCACUGGUGGGUGUGGUAAGAUCGCUCGUAACGUAGAUCCCAGAUUGGGAGAAUCGGGAGCUUUAUCAGUUCCUGAUCCUGAACCUAGCAGCCUAGCGGAUGAUGAUUUUAUGAUAUCUGUGACCAAUGAAGGCAUUAAGUUCUCUAUCCGAGGUUAUUUUGUAUUUGUUAAGCGGGACGAAGCACUCUCCUUCAAGAUCAAACAAUCGGUGUCCUUAACUCUUGAAGCUGACCUUGUGGAAAUGUUAAUUUAUGCUAGUAUUCAGUCUGUGUCAGCAACCAUGCGUCUUUAUCCAGAGUUUCCUCUUCGGUUCGAAUUCAGAAUUGAUAAUGGGCAGAUAAUGUACAUUAACACCGGAAAUGCCCAUAUCGUGGAUACGAGAGAGUGCACAUUUGGGCAUCGGAAGUUUACAGUGCAGGCCAUAUGUUACGAUGGACCCAGUAUAAAAAAUCCAGAGGCGAAAAAGGAUGUAAUGUGUUUUGAUGUGGCAGUGAUACCUGUUUCUGGUAAAAGUUAGAAUAUAUAGUUGAUAUGAAAUAUCCGUAAGAGGCCUAUCUCUUUGUGUUCAGAACAAUAUUUUAAUUAUGUAACAAUAUUACAGGAAGGGUUAGAAGCUUCAGUAUGAAAAGUAACUGUUGUUGAUGAUCUUUACGAUGAAUGGGAAUAGAUGUUACUUUAGAAGACUUCGUUUGAGAUUGAUGUUUUGGUAUAACAAUGUUGUUCUCCUGAA